AUGGUGCAUAAAUACAAAAGAAAAACUAAUCAAGGCUCUUGGGAUAAAGACGUCAUGCAGAUGGCUGUAAAUUUAUGCCAUGCCGGAGAAUCGGUGAAGGGCACAGCUAAAAAGUAUGGGUUGGCUUAUGCAACUUUGUACAGACACAUCAAAAGUGGCAAGGUUACUCCAAAACUCGGCAGAUUUCGUCCUGUGUUCAGUGAAUAUGAGGAGAUAGAAUUAAUGACCUAUCUCAAAGAAAUGGAUUCCGUGUUUUUUGGUUUAACUCGAGAUGAGUUUAAGAAUUUAGCGUAUACCUAUGCCAAAAAAAAUAAUUUGAGUUACCCAAAAAGUUGGGACAAGUAUGAAAAAGCAGGAGAUGAUUGGCUACAAUCAUUUUUGUCACGCCACACUGACAUUACGCUCAGAACUGCAGAGGCAACAUCGGUUGCGAGAGCAAAAGGAUUCAAUAGACAUGAAGUCAGACGUUUCUACGAAAAUCUUGAAUCUUUAAUUGAUAAAUACAAUAUUGAUGCAUCUAGAUGUUAUAAUAUGGACGAAACCGGUAUUUCGACGACAUCAAACAAACCCCCUAGAGUACUAUCAAUAAAAGGAAAGAAACAGGUGGGCAUAAUUGCAAGUGCGGAGCGAGGUCAAUUAACGACUGUCAUCGGGUGUUGUAAUGCCGCUGGAUCAUUUCUACCACCCUUCCUGAUUUUCGCCAGAAAGAAAAUGCAACCCAGGCUUCUUGACGGUGCGCCUCCCGGAACUCAAGGUACUUGUACGCCAAGUGGUUGGACUUCAGGUGAGGUAUUUCUUGAUUGGAUGCAUUUCUUCGUAGAACAUGUACGUCCUAGCGCCGACAAAAAGGUACUUCUACUCUUGGACAACCAUGAGAGCCACAAAUAUUAUCCUGCUUUGGAAUAUGCAAGUAAGAAUAGCGUCAUAAUUUUAUCCUUGGCCCCGCAUACUACUCAUAAAAUGCAACCUAUGGAUGUGGCCGUCUACGGCCCACUGAAAACGUAUUUUGAACGAGAGAUUAAUACAUUCCAAAAGGCUCAUCCUGGACGCAUUGUAAAUCAGUACGACGUGGCCAGACUGUUAUCACCAGCUUUUCUGAAAAGUGCAGUCGCCAUAAAUGCAGUUCAUGGGUUUGAACGACCUGGAAUUUGGCCAGUGAACAAAUAUGCUUUUGGUGAUGAAGACUUUGAACCAGCGGAUGUGAUUGCAGGCAGAUCAAGUAUGAAUGUCAGCACAGUAGGCUUAGAUUCGAUACAAAUAAUAGAUAUUCCUGAUUCCGCUGCCUCUUCAACGCCUUCACCCUCACUUUCACAAGAAUACAAUUCGACAGUUGAUCCCCAUGCAGAAAUAGUUCUACCUCCAGGAAAAGCUACAAUUUGCGAAUUAUCUAAACCUCAACCUCAAGUCUCUGUUGCACCAAUUGUAGUUUCCCAAGAAUCUAUUAAAACCUCAGAAAAUAUUAUUCACAGUGAAGUAUGCUCCAUUAUUACACUGGAACCAGAAACAGUGUCACUUAAAGCUUAUUCUACUUUGGAGCCAGAUGCUACAAAUAUUAAUGUUAUGCAUCCUUUAAAAAGUGAUGCAAUGUUACCAGGGACCUCAAAAAAUACUCGCUGUGAUGACCCACCGAAUCCGGAACCUGGAUGUUCAAACUUUCACUACAGUCCCGGAGUAUUAAGACCAAUACCAAAUCCAGAGAAACCAAUAACAACUCGUAAACGCAAAUUGCAAAAAUCGGAAAUUUUAACUAGUACACCUAUAAAAGAAGAGCAGAAGUUAAAAUUUGAAAAAAAUGCAGUUAAUAAUAUAAGUAAAAAACUAAAUGUAGAAUCAAAAAAAGUUUCAAUAAAGACUACUAAAAAACCUGUUAAAAUAAUAAACAAUCAAAGAAAAUUAAGAAAUUUGAAGAUAUUGUAUGUUUUUUUUGCGGUGAAAUAUAUAUUGAAGAAAAUAAUCGUCCAAUUGAAAAUUGGGUUCGAUGUGGCGCCUGUUUCAGAUGGUGUCACGAAGAAUGUUCCGCUUUCGAAGGCAUUGGAGAUUAUACAUGUGAUAAUUGCCAGUCUUAAUUUUUAA